AUGAGGAAGGAGCCCCGAAAAUUCGAUCCUUCCCCAGUUACCGCACUCGAGUUUGGAGGCAAGUCGCCAAUCUCGCCUGCGAGACCGAUCAUGAAGACGGGCCGGCGGAAACAGGCUGCGGCAAUCGUGCGGGGGCUGAAGCGGCUGUAUGAGGGAAACGCGAAAUUCUACAGGCAAGUGAAACUUGAGCAGACAGCCUCGGUGGGCGACGAGUGUAGCCCGAUCAGCCGCUGCAUGGAGCUUCAUUCCGCUCUUUGCACUGCCGCCUCGCGAGCUCUCGACCACGCAGUGGCCCUACUGCCCAUACUCAGUAUCUUCCACAAUUCAGGGGAACUGCACAACUCGAUGCAGAUUUCAGACAAGCAGUCGAGGCGAGGAACAUGGGGUUCUUCCGGCAGUGGCUGA